GUGUGGACGUAACUAAGUCAACAAAUAGGAAACUUCCUUCAAGUUGCGCUACACUCCAAUCUCCUAAGUUCUAUGCUCUUACAUUCUUCAGAAGAUCAAUCACCUUCUUUUCCUUCAAAUUAUUUUGCUCCUCUCUCAGUUCUCACUGUCUCUGUCUCUAUGGCUCUCUCAUUAUCUUCUUCCUCUUCCUCUUCUCGCACUUGUACGUACGAUGUUUUCCCGAGCUUCAGUGGGGAAGACGUCCGUAUUACUUUCCUCAGCCACUUUCUAAAGGAGCUUGACAAAAGGUUGAUCAUUGCUUUCAAAGACAACGAGACCCAGAGAAGUCUAUCAUUGGGUCCCGAGCUUAAACAGGCCAUUAGAGAUUCGAGGAUCGCUGUGGUUAUCUUCUCCAAUAAGUACGCAUCUUCAAGCUGGUGUCUUAAUGAGCUGCUGGAGAUCGUCAAGUGCAGGGAAGAGUGUGGUCAAAUGGUGAUACCUGUUUUCUACCGUUUGGAUCCUUCCCAUGUGAGGAAACAAACCGGUGACUUUGGUAAUAUCUUUGAAGAAACAUGCAAGAAUAAAACAGAGGAAGUGAUAAUUCAAUGGAGGAGAGCUUUGACCGAUGUAGCCAAUACCCUCGGGUAUCAUUCUGUUAACUGGGAUAGCGAAGCAAAAAUGAUUGAAGAAAUUGUCAGUGAUGUUUCGGAUAAGCUACUUCUAACUCCAUCAGAGGAUUCUGAGAACUUUGUCGGUAUUGAAGAUCAUAUAGCUGAAAUGAGUGUGUUGCUGCAGUUGGAAUCAGAGGAAGUGAGGAUGGUUGGUAUAUGGGGUUGUUCAGGGAUCGGCAAGACUACGAUUGCGAGAGUUCUGUUCAACCGACUUUCUCGACACUUUCAAGGCAGAAUUUUCAUUGACAGGGCUUUUUUAUCUAAGAGUAUGGACAUUUACAGUCAAGCCAACCCAUACGACUACAACUUGAAGUUGCAUUUACAAUCGGAAUUCCUAUCGAAAAUUCUAGGGAAAAAGGAUAUAGAGAUAAGUCAAUUAGGUGAAUUAGCAGGGAGGCUGAAGCACCAUAAAGUUCUUGUUUUCAUUGAUGAUCUCAACGAUCAAGUGGUGCUAGAUUCCUUGGUUGGUCAAACUCAAUGGUUUGGAAGUGGGAGCAGAAUCAUUGUGGUUACAAAUGAUAAGCAUUUCUUAAGGGCCCAUGGGAUUGAACACAUUUACGAGGUCUGUCUCCCAUCUGAAGACGUCGCUCGAGAAAUAUUAUGUCGAUCUGCUUUUAGGGAAAAGUCUCCACCUGAAGGUUUUGAGGAGCUUGUAUAUGAAAUUACAAGACUUGUGGGUAGUCCUUUAGGUCUUACUGUUUUGGGUUCAUCUCUACGGGGGAGGGACAAUGAGUACUGGAUGGAUUCGUUGUCAAUGCUUCAGACCGGUAAAAAUGGGAAAAUUGAAAAAAUAUCAAGAAUCAGCUAUGAUGGAUUAAGUAGCGAAGAAGAUAAGACAAUAUUUCGCUAUAUUGCAUGCUAUUUCAAUGGUGGAAAAGUCGCAUACAUGAAGUUGUUGCUCGCAGAUAGUGGCUUGAGUGUUAAUGUUGGGCUGGAAAAUCUAGCUGAUAAGUCCCUCAUUCAUGUAAGAGAGGGUCGGGUGGAAAUGCACGGUUUGCUAAAGAAGAUGGGUAAAAAAGUUGUUCGCCUGGAGAAGCCUGAAAACAGGGAAUUUCUGGAGGAUUCACAAGAUAUCUUUGAUGUACUCACUAAAGGCAUUGGUACUGAAAAGGUAUUAAGUAUAUCAUUGAAUAUUUCUACGAUUGAGGAGUUGCAUGUACAUGAGAAUGCCUUCAAACGGAUGCGUAAUCUCCGUUUCCUAAAAGUUUUAGGGUCUGAUGAAUCGGGUACAAUGAAAUUGCGUAUACCCAAAAGUUUCGAUUAUUCUAAACUGAAAUUAUUGAGAUGGAGAGAUUAUCCAAUGAGAUGUCUGCCUUCUAAGUUUCGUCCUGAAAACCUCGUCGAGCUUAAAAUGCAGAAUAGCAAGCUCGAGAAGCUGUGGGAAGGAGUUGUGGCGCUUCCAUAUCUCAAGGAGAUGGAUUUGAGGUAUUCUCACGACCUGAUGCAAAUGCCAGAUCUUUCAAAGGCCACCAAUCUGGAGAUACUUAAUCUUUCGCAAUGCUAUAGUUUGGUGAAGCUUCCUUCCUCUAUUCCACAUCCCAACAAACUGAGAAAAUUAAACAUGAGGGAUUGUCGAAAUGUGGAGACUAUUCCAAUUGGCAUUAGCCUCAAAUCUCUCGAAAAGCUAGAUCUCGAUGGUUGCUCACGGUUGAGGACUUUGCCUCAAAUCUCAACCAACAUCGUACAUCUCUGUCUAAGCGAAACAGCCAUCGAAGAAUUUCCUUCAGAUUUGCAUCUGGAGAAUUUGCGUUUCGAGAAACUCAGUUAUCUUAGCAUGCAAAACCUAAAGAGUAAGAAACUAUGGGAAAAAGUGCAGCCGCUUAUUUUCCUCACGGGGAUAAUGUCUCCAUCUAUGAGGCAGUUGUAUCUAUCGGAUAUCCCAAGCUUGGUGGAACUUCCUUCUUCAUUUCAAAAUCUCCAUCAGCUGGAGAAAUUAAAAAUUGAGAACUGCGUAAAUCUGGAGACUCUUCCCACCGGAAUCAACCUCCAAUCCCUUGAAGAGCUUGAUCUCAGUGGAUGCUCAAAGUUGAGGACUUUUCCUGAUAUCUCAACCAACAUCCAAACGCUCAAUCUAAACGAAACAGAGAUUGAAGAGGUUCCUUGUUGGAUUGAGAAAUUCUCCAGGCUUGAAGUCCUAUACAUGAAUGAUUGCAUAAAUCUGGAGACUCUUCCCACCGGAAUCAACCUCCAAACUCUGUCGUUUCUAUAUCUUAAUGGAUGCUCAAGGUUGAGGACUUUUCCUGGUAUCUCUACCAACAUCGUAUGUCUCUAUCUAAGCGAAACAGCCAUUGAAGAGGUUCCUUGGUGGAUUGAGAAAUUCUCCCGGCUUAGAGUCCUAUACAUGAAUGGUUGCAUAAAUCUGGAGACUGUUCUAGAUCUGGACCACCGAUAUCUUGAUAUACUCAAUCUCAGUGGAUGCUCAAAGUUGAGGACUUUUCCUAAUAUCUCAACCAAUAUCAGAAGGCUCAAUCUAAGCGAAACAGGGAUUGAAGAGGUUCCUUGUUGGAUUGGGAAAUUUUUCUUUUGUCUUUUGAAGCUAAAGAUGAGUGGAUGCUCAAAGUUGAGGACUUUUCCUAAUAUCUCAACCAAUAUCGUAAGGCUCAAUCUAAACGAAACAGCUAUUGAAGAGGUUCCUUGUUGGAUUGAGAAAUUCUCCAAGCUUGAAAUCCUAAAGAUGAAGGGAUGCAUAAAUCUGGAGACUCUUCCCACCGGAAUCAACCUCCAAUCUCUCAGGGAACUAAAUCUCAGUGGGUGCUCAAGGUUGAGGACAUUUCCUGAUAUCUCUACCAACAUCCAAUGGCUCUAUCUAAGCGAAACAGCCAUUGAAGAGGUUCCUCCGUGGAUUGAGAAAUCCAUUCUUCAUGGCCUAUAUAUGAAUGGAUGCAUAAAUCUUGAGACUCUUCCCACCGGAAUCAACCUCCAAUACCUCGAAGUUCUAGAUCUUAGGGGAUGCUCACGGUUGAGGACUUUUCCUGAUAUCUCUACCAACAUCCAAUGGCUCUAUCUAAGCGAAACAGCCAUUGAAGAGGUUCCGUGUUGGAUUGAGAAAUUCACCAGGCUUGAAGAGCUAGAGAUGAAUGGUUGCAACAAGUUAAAAUCUGUAAGCCUAAACAUUUCUAAACUUGGAGAUCCUUAUCUAGUUGACUUUUCAGACUGCAAGGUAAUGACUGGAGGUAGCUGGAGUUUUUCCGGUGGAUGCACCACCUUUGCCAAUUUCACCAACUGCUUAAACUUGGAUCAAGAAGCUCUGUUUCGACAGAAUACACAUCUGGGUUGUCGACUAUGUUUGUCAGGAGAAGAAGUGCCUUCAUAUUUCACUCACCGUACUACUGUAACCUCCUCCUCCUCCUCCUUAACUGUCCGUCUACUUCCCAGCUCUCUCUCAAACCCAUUCCUCAGAUUCAGGGCUUGCAUUGUGCUUAAUGAAGACAAUUCGGCUUGGGUAACUUCUUUUGGCUUCAAAGGCAGAUUUUGGAACAGCUUUGAUUCCUUUGGUCAGGCACAAUACUUCCAGAAACCCAAGAAGAUUUCUUCGAUGAAGAAAUCAGUGAAGGGUAGUUAUCUGUUAAUACUGGAGUGUAGUAUCCAAGCUGAAAUGAACUACACCCAUGUAGAUUUGCAGCUUGAUUUUGCCUACUGUGAGUACAAAGUAAAAGAAUGGGGUAUACGACUCUGUUCAUCAGCAGACAACCAACUUGGUUAUCCAAACACUCUUCCACAUGUUUUCCAAACCGGUGAAGGCAAUACACUUAAUGAGGCUGGACAAGGUAAAAAAUCUGGAGGCGAAGAUGAAGUGACAGAGUCAAGCAGUAAACGUAUGCGGAUUUCGUGAAAAAAAAACUUGGAAUAAGGAGACAGGAGUUGACAAAGAAAAAAAAAGGAGACAGGAAAACGAAUGCGGAAUGCUGGAGGGAAGGAGGCCACAGGGUAUUGAUUCGCCGAACGAUUUUCGGCAGCAGCUUUUGAAGAUUGUGUCAGAUUCAGAGUAAUAACCACAUAAAAUCCUAUAAAUACGUGCUUAACAAGUCAAGUUUGAUCACAUAAACACUUGCCAAUUUCUCUGUACGUGUGUAAAAUAAGCAUGUUAAAAAGAUAUCUAUGAAUAUAGCUUUUCUUUAAACUUUGCGAGUAACACAAGUGUUGCAAACUA